UAAUAUCUUGUUCCACCUUUUUAUUGCGAAAACAGUUCCAACGCAAUAAAUUUGACGAAUGAAGACAGUGCAGUAAUCCGGGGUGAAACCUCCGUUUUGGCUCUCACCAACCACAGAUUUCCCCUUCUCUGUGUCUUCCUGCGCGUUACCAAAUUUGAUUUUACCUUUUCUCUCUUUAUAUUCUUCUCUUCAAAUUCUGAUACUUUCUACGCCGGCCACUCAGUUUCUCUUUCGUUUUUCUUUUUCUUUUCUUUCUUUCUUUCUUUCACUUAUCCUAUUAGUAUUAUUUCCCAGUCGGUUUCUACAUUCUCUCUGUUUUUUUCCUUCCACCGACUGCUAGUUUUCGUUAACACCACUAACUUCAAGGUUGGUAGCUUUAUCUUCCUUCCCCUUUAAAUUAUACUAAUCUUACUUCCCUUAACUUUUCCUUUGGUUUUUAUUCUUCCAUUUAUUGUAUUUUACAUCAUGAAGAAGAGGCUUUUGAUUUUGGGCAAGUCAAGGUUCUUUCUUCUUUCCUCGUUUUCCCUCCCUCCAAGGGAAGAACCUCUUCAGAUACACCCUUUUUGCCCUGAGAAAACAUUAGACCACACCGCACUCUUCCAUUUCACCCAUAAAGCUUGGACUGCAGUCAAAGAGUCAACGAUCCACAACAUGUUUUCGAGGGGCAGAGGGAGUGACAUUGGUGGCCAUGGCAACACAAACGUGGCUGAAUGGGAAUUAAGGCCAGGAGGAAUGGUCGUGCAGAAACGUAACUCGGAUUUGAAUCAAAAUUCUGCAUCUAAAUUCACCAUCAAAGUCAAAGUGAAGUAUGGCUCAUCCUAUCACCAAAUUCAAAUCAGUUCUCAUGCAAGUUUCGGGGAAUUGAAGAAAAUGUUAACAGAACCUACAGGAUUGCACGUUCAGGAUCAGAAGUUGAUUUACAAGAAAAAAGAGAGAGACUCAAAGUCAUAUCUUGAUGUUGAGAGGGUCAAAGAUGGAUCAAAAUUGGUGCUUGUUGUGGACAUUGAGAGUAGAGAAAGAAGGAUACUUGAGACGUUAAAAAUUGCUAAGGAGAAGACAUCAAAAUCCUUGACAGAAAUAAAGGUGGAGGUUGAUAAACUUGCCAAGAAGGUUGCAGCUUUGGAGGCUGCUGCUUCCACAGGUGGGGUUAUAGCAGAGUUAGAUAUAGAGACUUUGACCGAGAAUUUGAUGAGAACAUUGAUUGCAUUGGAUGAAAUUAAUGGUGAGGGUGAACUGAAAUUGCAGAGAAGAGAGCAGGUUAGGAGAGUUCAGAAACACAUUGAGACUCUAGAUAUGUUGAGGAUGGCAAGGGAAAACUCAAUUUCUCUGAAAAAUGAAGAGAAAAACUUGGCACGUGAGAGCAAGGUGCAUUGUGGUGAUCACAUGCAGGGGAGACAGGGAAAUCCUAAGAAGCAGCAACCGUUAAAACAUUCUGAAUCAGUUGUAGUCACAACAAAAUGGGAAACUUUUGAUUGAGGAUUUUAAAUUUGCAACGAAAAUGCCUCACACAAAUUAAGAGUGCAAUCAAUAUUCAGUGAGUCAUAUAGUUGUGGGUUGCUUCUGCCUUAAAAGAAAUUAUUAUUUUUCUCAUUAUAUGCCUGCAAUUUAGAAUAAUGUUUGGUUCACAUUAUUUUUUCUUUACAUCUACUUGCACCCUUUAAAGCAUCGAAUCAUUUCAUGGGACGAAUAGCAAAGGGAAAAAGCUGUUGAAUGGUAGGUGUAAAAGUAUGUGGAAUAAAAACUGACUUGAAAAACCAAGAGGCUAAUGACUUUAGCAAUGGGUGGUUCGUGUUUUAUUUUUUACAUUAUUAUAAUUAUUUUCUUUAUUUCUCUCAUUAUAUUAAUUGUCUUAUUACA